AUCUUUGUGACAAUGGGGUGGAGAGUCGGUAACCAAAGUGAUCAUCUUUUUAGUAAUGUGCAUUUCUGAAACGAGAAAAGCCCCGGUGCGCCACGUCACUGUUCACCAACCAUAAUGUUUAAACACCCUUUCACUUUCAAUUGAACCCACUUCAAAGAUCCACUUCAUUCAUGUUUCACUUCUUAAACAAUCAAGCAAACUAUAACACCAUCCCCUUGUGAACAAUACGACAACGUUUCAUCCCCGUAACAAUCAUUUCCCAGAUGGCCACGGCGUCGCCGCCGACUCCGACGUCGUUUCUAUCAUCAACACAGAGAUACGCUGCCGCAGCAUUGUUCGGACUAUCCCUUCACGAUUCCCAAAUUAACCAAACCCGCAUUCUACCCUUACCUGCUUCCGAUGACUCCAUCUCCAACAUCAAUCGAAUUAGUAGUAGCAGCUCUAGCAGUUCCGAUUCUGUUUCCGAUGAUCCCCAUCUUUGGGUCCACCACCAUUCCGGUUUACUCCGACCCGUUUUCAAGUUUCUAGAUAUUGAUUCAUCUGCAUGGUAUGGAUUAGAGGAAACUGCUGGUUCUCCUUCGGCUACACAUCAUGUUGGACCUUUUAUGAGAUUGUUAUCACAAGAAUCUGAUGAUAAUUCUGCUGAAUCUGCUCAAAGGUUAGAACAAGAACUUGCAUUGUCAAAAGCUGUUGAUGCUAUAGUACUUGAAAUGGAAAAGAAUUUGCAGCCUUCUAACUCUAAAAGAGAGAGGAUUAAUGAAUACGAGCAUCAGUGUCGUGAAAAAUAUUCGGCUCCUGAUGUUCAAUCUAAUCCUGAAAAGGCUGAUGUUGAUGUAAACUUGGACAAUCAGAAGGAGACUGAUGCUGCCCCUUUAAUCAACUUGGAAGACCCGCCGCAACAGAGAUCUGAUAAUAGUAAAAUUGACGAGAAACCAAUUGAAGAAGUGCUGAUGCUUAGUGAUCAGAGGAAAGUGACGGUUCUCUAUGAACUUCUCUCUGCUUGUCUUUCGGAUUUGCGUGAAGAUGACAAAGAAUGUAAGCGGAGGAGAAAGGGUUAUGAUGCUCGUCAUCGCGUGGCUCUGAGGUUGCUGGCAACAUGGCUUGAUGUCAAGUGGACAAAAAUGGAGGCCAUUGAGACCAUGGUUACUUGUUCUGCAAUGGCUAUCAUUAAAGAGCAAGAAUCAAAUAAAGAAGAAGCUCAAGGAAAAGGAAGCAAAUGGGCAAAAUUGAAGCGUGGUGGUAUUAUCGGUGCUGCUGCAAUUACUGGGGGAACCUUGUUGGCUAUUACUGGUGGGUUGGCUGCACCAGCAAUUGCUGCUGGACUUGGAGCUCUAGCUCCAACUUUAGGUACUCUGAUUCCUGUAAUUGGUGCCAGUGGAUUUGCUGCAGCUGCCGGUGCUGCAGGAACUGUUGCUGGUUCUGUUGCUGUUGCUGCAUCAUUUGGAGCCGCUGGUGCUGGACUUACGGGAAGCAAGAUGGCUAGGAGAGUAGGGGGUGUUGACGAGUUUGAUUUCAAACCUAUCGGAGAAAACCAUAACCAAGGCAGGCUAGGGGUUGAGAUCUUGAUCUCCGGAUUUGUCUUUGAGAAAGAAGAUUUUAUUAGACCAUGGGAAGGACUGAAUGACAAUUUGGAAAGGUAUUCACUUCAAUGGGAGUCUAAAAAUCUGAUUGCUGUGAGCACUGCGAUUCAGGAUUGGCUUACUUCAAGACUUGCAAUGCAACUGAUGAAGCAAGGGGCAAUGAUGACUGUUUUGAGCACACUUGUAACUGCUCUGGCUUGGCCAGCUGUAUUACUUGCAGCAACUGAUUUCAUUGACAGUAAAUGGACAAUAGCUAUUAACAGAUCAAACAAAGCAGGAAAGUUACUUGCCGAAGUAUUAUUAAAAGGAUUGCAGGGAAAUAGGCCUGUGACACUUGUAGGUUACUCUCUUGGGGCAAGAGUUAUUUUCAGUUGCCUACAGUGUUUGGCUAAAACAGAAAAUGGAGCUGAACUAGUAGAAAGAGUUGUACUUCUUGGAGCACCGAUCUCAAUCAGGGAUGAGAACUGGGAAGCUGCCAGAAAGAUGGUAGCAGGGAGGUUUGUAAAUGCAUAUUCAAGGAAUGACUGGAUACUUGGUGUGGCCUUCCGUGCCAGGUACAUAAAACAUAGUGGUAAAAUUUUUGCAAUGCUCGCAAAUAGAGGUAUAAUAGAGCUCACUUAAUCAUUAAAGUUUCAAGCUUGGCUUGUAAGUGAAAAAGCUUGCUCAAGUUUGGCUUCACUCAAGUUUGAAGCUAGGUUUUGGCUUGCUUAAAAAAUAUAAAACUUAAGUUUUAACACCUUUAUGGCUCAAUCAUUUCCUUCUGUAUUAAAAAAUAUAAAACUUAAGUUUUGGCCUGAAGUUAUUAAUGUCAACCCUACAAAGUUAGAGCUCUGUUAAUUUAAAUAAUUUAGUUUUAUUUUAUUUUCUAGUCAAAAGAAAGUCAUGGGAUGCCAUGUAUUGUUUUAGUCUAACCAAUAAAUGAAAACAUGUGCUUACUUAGUUAUAUAGAUCUCUAUGCUUGUUAUUUAACAAAAUAAUUGAACUUGUUCGAGCUUAUAAUGAAUCGUGCUCAAAUAAUACACUACCUACCUUACUGCUACAUUAGCUCAUAUACACUCAUACUCCUACUUGUGAAAGUUCACAUUAAAAAUAUCAUAGCAUGAUAUGUGCUUUUGUAUGGAUGUUGUUGUAAGUAUUAGAAGAGAACAUAGUUCCAUAUAUUUAUAUAUUUAUCGACUCCGCUUCAGCUAUUUGAUCUGCACCAAUAUCUGUCUCA